AUGCUUCUCCAUAAGAAAUCACUUGGAAAUCUUAUUGUAAUCUUUAAAAUUAUUCUACUUACAUUUCAUAUUAUCUUAAUUGUUCAUAUACAUUUAAAUUACCUCAGUUCAAAACAGAUUGUUUAUAAUUAUACACGCGAAAUACUUCUCAUUACAAAUACAAAGUAUGAUGAUACUAUUGAGACAUGUCGAACAGUUUGCAAAAAUAUUCCAAGUAUUCCUAAGCAUAAAAUAGAUGAGCUUAAACAAAUUGGAGUAUUACCAUUAGAUACAAAAUUAUUGGAUAAUAUGAGUGUAAUAAACGAUGCUUUCCUACCACAUCAUAUUGGUGGUUCAUGGAUGUUUAAAGAGGAGACUAACAACUCAAAAGUAAACUGUAACCAUGCUACAGAAUCUGGUGUAGCUAUUAUAUUUGUAUGUAGAGAUAGGUGGAAGCAGUUAAACACUACAUUGUCUACACUUAUUCCACUUCUUCAGAAGCAACGUUUAUGUUAUCGAAUAUUUGUUAUUGAACAAGAAGGUGAUGCUUAUUUGAAUAAAGCAAUGUUAAUGAAUAUUGGAUUUAUAGAAGCAAAAAAACAUUUCCUUUUUAAUUGUAUUAUUUUUCAUGAUGCAGAUUUAGUACCAAUGAAUGAUAGAAUUCCUUAUGGAUGUGAUGAACAAACUAAGCAAGCAGUUAUACAUUUAAGUGUUAGUGUAAGUUCAUGGAAUUAUAUUCUCCCCUAUAAAACAUUAAUUGGUGGUGUUUUAAAAAUUUCAAAUGAACACUUUAUCAACGUCAAUGGAUAUUCAAAUAGUUAUUGGGGAUGGGGUGCUGAAGAUGAUGAUUUUGAGAAACGUUUAAAUGCUUUAAACAUUAAAUAUAUUCAUAUAAAUUCAACAAUUGGACGUUAUUAUGCUUUACCGCAUAAAAAACAAAUUCGUUCAAAACUUGAAUUACGUUAUAGUCUAUUGAAUAAAGCAGUUCAACGUAUGAAUCAAGAUGGUUUAAACAGUUUACAGUACAAUCUUACAAUAAUAUCAGAGAAACAAUACUAUACCUAUUUUCUAGUUUCAAUUAAAUGA